AUGUUAUCGUCAAGGGCUGCUGCAUUCACCGGUAGAAGAUUAGCUUCCACACUUCCUCCUGUCCCUCGCAAGAAGUCUCACGGAGUGCGUAGGCUGCUGGCAAAGGCAGUUGUUGCGACGUCAUUGUUCUACGCGGGGGGAUUAACGCUAUCCGCUUACAAUGACAAAGCGAACGAGCUGUUUGUCGAGCAUGUGCCUUUUGGCGAAGAGCUCGUAGAGCGGUGGGAAGAUUGGACUUCUCUGCGGCGGCCUGGACGCCGUAUGAUCGAUGCGAGAAGGGUUGAUGAGAUAAGCCGGGAUUUCCGUGCUGCGGCGACGCCCGAGGCGACACCGGUGGUGGUGCGGCCACUAGUGCAGCUUCAGCUGCCAGAGCUGCAAAUGCAGGGAUCUUCGCCAGUGCUGGAGGCAUUGGUUAAUAAUGUGAACGAUGUGGUUGUUGCACUUAAUGCACGGGCGCUGGAGCUACCGGAGGAUACCGCUUCUGCGCUCAGCAGCGUUUACGGUGAAAUUGUGCACAGCAUCCAAGCUUUAAACGCAUCUUUGGACCAAGAGUUUGCGACUGAGGUCGAAAGCCGGACGGGCAAGGCCAUCAGCUCGGUUCAGGAGCAACUGGAGGUGGAAUACAAGCAACGGGAGCUGGCGCUGGCGGAGCAGUACAUCCAGAACUUCGAGGUUUUCAAGAGUCAGUUGCAGAAAGCGACGGCGGAGCAGCUAGAGACCGAACUGAAAGCACACGAACAGGCACUACUUGCCAGGCACCGCAACGAAGUGGCCCAGCUGUCUAUCCGCCAGGUGGAGGAGUUCAACAAGAUUAUCGAGAAAAAGCUGGACCAGGAACGCAAUGGCCGUCUUGCCAAGCUCUCCGAGCUGAACAGCGCUGUUGAGUCGCUCGCGCCUGUGCUGGACAGAUUGGAGCUCCGCGCUGUCAAAAAUGAGUGCGUCACGCAGCUUUCGACGCUCAUCUCCGAUAUACAAGGCAAACUUUCUCGUGGGGGAGACGAGCCGCUUGAUCUAUCCUCCGACCUCCAGCGGCUCACUCUCUUGGCAGACAUUCUGCCACGCCCCAAGCGGUGCUGUUCCGAAGGCCCUGCUCUGCUAGAUGUCGCAAUGGCCGAACUCCAGGCCAAGGCUCAAGCGCCUGUCGCCUCGAACGAGCAAUUGUACAACCGCUGGCAGCUGCUCCAGCCUGAGCUCAAGACUACGUCCCUGCUGCCUCCGAAUGCCGGGUUCUUGGGCCAUCUUACCGCAAAACUCUUCUCCAUGCUGCUGUUCACGAAAGAGGGCUUUUCGACAACCCAAGACAUGGAUGCUGUUACUGCACGCAUCGCAGAAAACUUGCGUCUCAACAAGCUAGACUGCGCUCUAGAGGAGGCUGUUAACAUGAAGGGUUGGUCGCGGAAGUCCGCUGAUGCAUGGGUUGAUCUCGCGAGACGGAGGCUCGAGGUACUAACGCUGCUUGAUGUCAUUGAAGCGGAGGUGAAGACCUUGUAA